UAGCCAUUUCUUUCUAGCACUCAGCUGUCAAGUACUAUAGAAUCCAAAAUAGAAUGUAGCAUUGUGAGACUGCACUCUGUUAACAGGGCGAAGCAAAUCUAGUCAUUAGCAGAUCUAGUCAUUGCUGCCUGGUCAUUCCAGUGUCUUUGUUGCAGACUGAAAGCAGCUGGAUGCUAAGUUACUUGUGUAUAGGAUUUUCCACCAAGUUCCUUCCUGAAAAGGAUUGCCUCCAAGGCAGCAAAUAGAGAAUAAGAGGAGGAGUUAAAGUACCUGCCUUAGGCCUGUUCUUAAUCAAGCAGAGGGAGGAGGGAGAGAGAUUUUUCAAGAGUUAUGAAGUCAAAGGAAGAUCCUGAGGACGAAGAAAAUAUUGUUAGGGAUCCAAGCUAAGCAUAUAAUGCAGCAAGAUGAAUGUCGAACGGGAAACAUUAUAAACAAAGGUCUAAGCCUUUGGUUAGAAGUUUUGGCUGAGCAUUUGUUUUCUGCAAAUGGCUGAAGUUUGUAACUUAAUGCCUCGUACAUAGUUUUCUGCUGGCAGCAAGGAGCUCCAAGUCUUCUUUAUCAUGAGCUGUUGGUUUUCCUGUUCUGCUAAAAACAGACAAGCAACAGAUUGGAACAAAUAUGAUGAUCGACUAAUGAAAGCAGCUGAAAGGGGAGAUGUAGAAAAAGUGUCCUGUAUUCUUGCUAAAAAGGGAAUCAAUCCUGGUAAAUUAGAUGUGGAAGGCAGAUCUGUAUUUCAUGUUGUUGCGUCAAAGGGAAAUUUGGAGUGCUUAAAUGCCAUUCUUGUACAUGGAGUUGACAUUACUGUCAGUGAUGCUGCAGGCAGAAAUGCCCUUCACCUUGCUGCAAAAUAUGGACAUGCUUUGUGCUUACAAAAGCUUUUACAGUAUAACUGCCCCACUGAACACGUAGAUUUGCACGGUAGGACUGCACUUCAUGAUGCAGCUGUGGCAGAUUGUACUUCUAGUAUACAACUACUUUGUGACCAUGGAGCCUCAGUAAAUGCCAAAGAUAAGGAUGGGCGGACACCGCUGAUACUGGCCACUCAGAUGUGUAGACCAGCAAUAUGCCAACUUCUGAUUGAUAGAGGUGCAGAUGUUAAUGCCAGAGACAAACAAAAUAGAACUGCACUUAUGUUAGGUUGUGAGUAUGGUUGUAAGGAUGCUGUGGAAGUUUUAAUUAAAAAUGGUGCAGAUGUCAGCUUGUUGGAUGCCCUUGGUCAUGAUAGUUCUUAUUAUGCGAGAAUUGGAGAUAAUUUGGACAUUUUAACCUUAAUGAAGACUGCAGCUGAAAAUGCAAACAAAGGGAGAGACCCUUCCAAGAAAGGACUAUCCCUCCAGCAGAUAUCUUAUAUUCCACCGAAGAGAAACCUGUUGCAUCUGCAAGAUGAAGUUAAUAUAAAUCCAUAUCACAGGGAGCAGAAAAAUGUUCAGGAUCUGGAGACUGAAAAUGAAGAUUUGAAAGAAAAGUUGAGAAAUAUUCAACAGGAGCAAAGAAUAUUAUUAGAUAAAGUCAAUGGAUUGCAACUACAACUAAAUGAGGAAGUAAUGGUUGCCGAUGACCUUGAAAAUGAGAAAGAAAAACUGAGAACUCUUUUGAGCACCAAGGAAAAACAGCAUGAAGAAAGCUUAAGGACUAUUGAAGCUCUGAAAAAUAGAUUUAAAUAUUAUGAGAGUGAUUAUGGUGGGACAGGAAAUCACUUCAAUAAUCGAAAAGAAGACAUGCUUCAUAAGCAGAAUCAAAUUUUUGUUUCAGAAUCACAGUAUACAUCAUCGGGCAUUCCAUUGCCAGCCCAUAUACAAACAAGAUCCAUGCUAAGACCACUGGAACUGUCCUUACCCAGUCAAAGUACCAUUUCUGAAAAUGAGAUUUUAAAGAAAGAGUUAGACACUAUGAGAACCUUUUGUGAUUCAGCUAAACAAGAGAAAUUUAAGCUCCAAAAUGAACUGGCCCAUAAAGUAGCAGAAUGCAAAGCUUUGGCAUUAGAAUGUGAAAGAGUAAAGGAGGAUUCUGAUGAACAGAUAAAACAAUUGGAAGAUGCUUUAAAAGAUGUGCAAAAGAGAAUGUAUGAUUCAGAAGGUAAAGUGAAACAAAUGCAAACUCAUUUUCUUGCUCUAAAGGAGCACUUGACAAAUGAAGCAGCUUCAGGAAAUAACAGAUUAACAGAAGAACUAAGGGAUCAGUUGAAAGAAAUGAAAGCAAGAUAUGAAGGAGCUUCUGCUGAAGUGGGAAGACUAAAGAAUCAAAUCAAACAAAAUGAAAUGCUAGUAGAGGAGUUUAAAAGGGAUGAAGGGAGACUAGUAGAAGAAAAUAAGCGAUUACAGAAGGAAUUUAGCAUGUCUGAAAUAGAGCGAGAGAAGAGAGGAAGAAAAGCCUUGGAGAUGGAAGGUCAGAUAAAAGAAUUAGCAGCAAAAUUGGCCCUCUCCAUCCCUACAGAAAAAUUUGAAAACAUGAAGAGUUUAUUAUCAAAUGAAGUGAAUGAGAAAGCAAAAAAGUAUGUAGAGAUGGAAAGAGAAUAUGAAAAAUCACAAACUGAACUUAGACAAUUAAAGAGAGAACUUGAGAAUUAUAAAGCUAAACUUUCUCAACAUGUAAGGCCAGAGGAACACGAACAACUUAAGGAUAAAUUCGAACAAAAAUCAGGUGAAUUUGGAAAGAAGAUUACUGAAUUAACUUUGAGGAAUCAGACAUUACAGAAAGAAUUUGAGAAGGUUUGUGCAGAUAAUAAACUACUAGACCACCAGUUGCAGAGUUUAUCGACUGAGAUGAAAACUAAUUAUGUUCCUUUAAAAUUAAAUCAAGAAAUGAAAAAAUUACAUGCUUCAACAGUUGAUGAUUUGAAUAAAAAACUAAUAGAUGUGACACAAAAGUAUAAAGAAAGAGAAUUGGAAACUGAGAAGCUGAUGGUGGAAAAAAACAAUUUAACUAAAAAUGUCAGUCAUCUUGAAGCUACAUAUAUUCCUCUAGAAAACCAUGAAAAGGAGAUAAUGGCUCUAAAAUCCAAUAUUGUUGAACUCAAAAAAGAACUUUCAGAACUUAAUAAAAAAUGUGGUUAUGGAGAAGAAAAAUUGCAUGUAAUCACAUCUGAGAAUGCAAAACUGAAAAGGUCUAUAAAUGAACAGUAUGUGCCAGUUACAACCCAUGAAGAAAUUAAAGCAGCGUUAAGUAGCACAUUGGAUAAAACUAACAGAGAAUUGACAGAUGUGAAAAGAAAACUUGAAGAUAUAAAACAAGAAUUUUCACAAAUAAGAGAUGAGAAUGGAGCAUUAAAAAAAAAGUUAGAGGAUUCUAAAAACCAAAUGAAAGCUGAAUUUAUUAGCAUAAAUGAGCAUGAGGACAAAAUGAAUGCUAUUAACAAAAACCUAAAAGAAACACAGGAAAAUCAUGCUGAAGUACUUACUAAGUAUAAUAAGGGUCAGAAAGAGAUUUUAGCAUUGCUUGUUGAGAUUGAAGCCCAGAAGAAGGAACUUGACACCAUACAAGAAUGCAUUAAGCUAAAGUAUGCACCAAUUGUUAGUUUUGAAGAACGAGAGAAAGCUUUUAAUGCCACUGUGAAAGAACUUAAAGAUCAAUUGCUAACACAGACACAAAGAUGCAGUAUAGAGAAAGAGGAGACUCGUAAAUGUCAGAAGGAAAACGAAAAGUUAAAGAAUGAAAUCCUUAUAAUCCAGAAAGAUUUAAAGAAUAAGGAUAUUCUCAUUGAAAAUUCCCAUGAAUUGGAAAAAACUUUAAACCAAAAAACAGAAGAGCUUAGCAAACAAUUAAAUGAUUUGUCUGAGAAGUACACAAAGGUAAAAAGUGAAAAAGAGAAGCUUUUGGAAGAAAAUGCCAAAAAGACCUCUGAGAUACUUGCUGCCCAAACAAUUUUACAGGAACAACAUGUUCCCCUAGGGCAGGUGGAAGAGCUGAAAAACUCCCUUAAUGGCACAAUUGAGGCUCUGAGAGAAGAGCUCAAGGACAAGAAGAGGCGGCAUGAGGAAGCUGAGCAGGCAGCAGCUGAAUGGCAACAGAUGCUCGAGAGUCAAAAACACUCUUCUGUGUCCCUGGUGGAACACAUGCAGAUAAAGGAAGCAUUGGAGAAAGAAGUUGGGUACAUGAAAGGUAGAUUGAGUGAAAAAGAAAAAGAAAGUCAAGCCAAAACAGAAAAGAUCUCUAAACUCCAGGAUGAGAGUCAGACUUUGAAGGAAGCAUUUAAGAAAUUAGAAUCUAGAGAGGUUAUUGAUUUAUCAGAAUACAACACAGUGAAAAAUGCUUUAGAAGCACAAAUUACCAACAUGACAGAAAAUUUGACCACGUUGAAUAAAAAGUAUGAGGAAGUGUGCGAAGAGGCGGCAUGUGCCAAAAAGGCAGAACUAUCUGCAAAAGAUGAGAAGGAAUUGAUACAGUUGAGGAGCUUAAGCAUUGAACAAGAAAUUAAGGAACAGAAAGAAAGAUGUGAUAAGUCCUUACUAACAAUUACUGAUUUACAAAGAACAAUGCAAGAAUCUGCCAAACAAAUAGAAGCAAAAGACAAUAAGAUAACAGAACUGCUUAAUGAUGUAGAACGACUGAAACAGGCCCUUAAUGACCUUUCACAACUUACCUGCUCAAGUGGGAAUUCUACAAAGAAAGAAAACCAACAGGUGGAAACACUCCAGUAUCAGCUGAAAUCUCUGCAACAGCAGCUGGCUGAUGCUAACAGACAGCACCAAGAAGUGAUUGCAAUAUAUCGGACACAUCUUCUUAGUGCUGCACAGGGUCAUAUGGAUGAAGAUGUUCAAGCUGCCUUGCUCCAGAUCAUCCGCAUGAGACAGGGACUUGUUUGCUAGAGUAUUUAGUCCUGAUGUGAUGAAUGCAUCACCUGACUGGAGCCUGUAACAUGUUUGUAUCAACCUCUAGCUCCUUCUCUUCUUGCUAUAGAUCUUAUUGUGUUAGUGUAACUGAAAAUAAGUGUACUUUUUUUUUCUAAUAUGAAAAAAUGAAAUGAUAAAGAUGAUUCUGUUGCUAUUACAGGAUCAUCAAUUUGUUAUAUUCCAAAUGUAUUUAUUGUGUAUUUUGAGGAAAUUUAAAAUAUUUAAAGUUAUUGCAAAUCUUAGCAGUCAAAAUGAUGACAUAGUUGUUUGCUGCUACUGCUGUCAUAGUAACUACUUUAAAAAAACCUUUGUUGCCCAUUAUAAAACAUGAAUUCAGUUAUAAACAAGUCCAUGUAAAAUUUUUUUGGUUAAAACAAGUUGUUUAAAAAGUUAUUUUAGAGGAUUCAUGAAUCAAAACACCUUCUGGUUUUUAGUAAAGCUAUAUCAAAUAAGAUGUUAUGUGGUAGUGUUGUAACUUGGCUGGCCAAGUUGUCUUUGUAUUUAAGUAACUUAAAUUUAAGUGCCUUUUCCUUUAGUAGAGAUACAGAUUUUCUCCUUAUACACUAAUAAAUUUUAUGCUUUUUUACAGAGAUAUUUUUUCAUUAAUGCUUUGUAACUGAUUACAUUUAGAUUAAGAGUAGCUGGUCUGGAUUUUAUCAGGAGAUUCUAAAUGAUCUAUUAAUUUCCAGUACAGUAUCUUAAUUUUUACUUAAAAUAGUAAUUUUUCAUGCUCUGAUGAUUAAAUAACUCUUUGAUAAAUUAUAUGCUAGAUUCCUUAAAGUGUCAGAUCUUUAGCAACAACUUUAAAACUUUGUCACUAUCAUAACCAAAAUAGAUAUUAAGUGUAUCUUGCAAUUUUUUCAAGUUUAUUUAUAGGAAAGUUGCAUUCAGAGAUAAUUAUAUUUUGAGGUUACAUUUCUUGCAAAUUGAGGGUAGGCUUAUUAAUUAAAACUUGCCUUUGUGAGUUUUAAUUGAAAAUACAGUUGUUAAAGGUGAAAAUUACAAGAAUUAUCCAUAUCAAAAAAUUUGAUAUGCUAUUACAUAGACAAUUUAGUGAAACGAACUAAUACAUCUCACUAUAAAAACUUAAUUUUAUUAAUAUCGUUUUAUUAUUUUAUUAAUAUUGUUUACUGUUCAAAUGGGGGAUGGGCAAUUACAGGAGUUCACUGUUUAUAUCAAACAAGGCCAAAAGAAUAACCAUUUCAGCCAAGUUUUUUUGCAUUAAAGGGAAUGUGGUUUUCCCCUGGAGGGUCAGUGCUUCCUGAGGCAGAUUAUGAGUCUAGCUGUCUGAAAAAGCUCAGGGCAGAAUGCUAUCCAAAUAGAAACUGCCGCCUAUAGAAAACUGGCCUUGUUUACUAAACAGAGAAAGCUGCAUCAGUAAUAGGAAUUUCUGAACUGUAAUUUUCAAAAAAUCAUUAAUGUAGAGUGUUAAAUUUUACAUGAGAAAUAUUUAACUUUUUAUUAGCAUGAUUAAAUGGUGCUCUUUUGUCAUACUAUCUAAGUGGAAUCUCUUAGAAUAGAAAUAGUAGAGGUCCACAUGUUAAAUUUAAGUUAUAAUUUGUCUUUUGUAAUUUUAUUGAAACUCUUAGUAGAGAGAAGUUGCUAAACUGAAACUGACAUUUCAAAAUUGUAUUUUCCUAAUUUGUGGGAAACUAUAUAUUUUAUUUCUCCUAUAUCCAUCAAUAAAAUGCUGCUUUCAAUGAA